AUGGAAAAGCUUUCAGCUUACGCAUUCCCUUCCGACUCAGACGAGUUCCUGCCUCCGACCCCUCCACCGGUCCGUCUCUGUCAGGCAUUCCGUUCCUCGUCCCGGUCCAUGACCGCACCAGCCCCGUCAGCCAACCUUGCUUCCACCCGGCGUUCAGCUAGGCAAGAGCGGGGCCCAAAGCGCGGUUCCGCUAGCCAGCCCCUACCGCAGCUCCACUACAAAGAUUGGACGACACCUAAGCUGCUGAAACUUCAGCUGUUAGGCCCUACUCUUCUGCUACUCUCUCCGUUCCUGUUCCUGCUGCGCAUACGCAAGACUGCUUUCGCAGCCCAGCUCCCCCCGGCGGCGCAGUCAACGCAGCCACAGCAUCUGCCGCAGUCACUCACCCCGCCCAUCCCCUCCUCCAGCAGCGCCCCUCAGGUCACUUUUAAUCAGCUGCAAACUCUGCUCCAGCCCAUUAUAGACUCUCAGCUAGCUCUCAGCGCCCUUCUUGACAAACUGGAAAAUCCUGCUUUGGCUCCACCCGCCUUCAGUUCCAGCACUCCUGCUUAUACCCUUGAACCCUCGGAGGAUCACGACGACCCCGACAGCCUUUAUGGAGUGACAUUCACAAGAAUCCUCAAGAUUGUCAAGGGCCUUCUGGCCUCUCUACUGGAAGUGAUCAUAGACCGGGAUCUGCAGAAAAAUUGCGCCGGUUGCGCCGUGGACCACCCCAGCCAGAGACAUCAUAGCUGUCUCUUUGAAGUAGACUACGGUUAUUUCAACAAGAGGUUUGAAGAACUAAUAGCUAAAAUACACUGCAGGCAGCAGACAAUUUUGCUAAAGCAGCAUCCAAACACUCUAGAUCAUACAGGGCCUAAUGGAGUUCCGUACAGAGUGUACAAGAGUGCUUCAGGAGUUCUACGAAUUCUGUGGAAAUUGAUGAAAGUGGCAUGGGAAAAACAGGUUGUACCAAGAGCAUGGCGCCGAGCAGGUGGAGUCUUUAUACCUAAAGAAAAAGAUUCUACAAGCAUCAGUCAGUUUCGUCCCAUUUCCCUGUUAAACGUAGAAGGCAAGAUUUUCUUCAGCAUUAUUGCUCAGAGAUUGUCAGCUUACAUAUUAAAGAACUGCUUCAUUGACACUUCAAUACAAAAAGCGGGCAUUCCAGGUUUCCCAGGUUGCUUAGAACACAUCAAUGUGAUCUGGCAACAAAUUCAAUCAGCUAAAAAGGAGAGGAAGGAGCUCCAUGUGACAUUCCUGGAUUUGGCUAAUGCAUAUGGUUCAGUGCCACAUGAACUACUUAGGGCAGCAUUUGAUUUUUUCAGUGUACCGAUGACAAUAACAAAUUUAGUGAAAGCCUAUUUUGGAGAUUUGCAAUUCAGUUUUUCAACUUCAGAAUUCAGCACUACAUGGCAAUGCCUAGAGGUUGGAAUAAUGGCAGGAUGCACCAUUUCUCCACUGGCUUUUACCAUGGCAAUGGAAGUAAUCAUUAGGGCAUCAAAAUGGGUAGUAGGAGGAGAGCGCUUGGCUUCUGGAAUGCGACUACCACCAAUUCGAGCAUACAUGGAUGACAUGACAACCAUGACUACAACAGUAGCCUGCACUAAUCGAUUAUUGGGCAAAUUAACCAAUAACAUUGAAUGGGCACGAAUGCAAUUCAAGCCCACUAAAUCAAGGAGCAUCUCUAUAAUUAAAGGCAAAGUAGUAGAUAAAACAUUCUUCAUUAAUGGUGAGGCAAUACCAACAGUGUCUGAGAAGCCAGUGAAGAGUCUUGGGAGAUGGUACGACGGGGAUCUAAAGGACACAGUUCGUGUGGGAGAAGUUAGACAACAAGCAGUGGAAGGGUUGAAGAGCAUAGACAGCUGCGCUCUACCAGGUAAACUAAAACUCUGGUGCUUUCAGUUUGGUCUACUGCCGAGGUUGCUGUGGCCACUGACUGUGUACGAGGUUUCUUUGACAACAGUAGAGAAGCUGGAAGCUUUAAUCAGUUCAUACAUCAGGAAAUGGUUGGGAGUUCCACGCUGCCUCAGCAGAGUAGGACUUUAUGGUAAAGGAAUACUGCAGCUACCAGUCUCUGCUCUAACCGAGGAGUUUAAGUGCGCCAAGGUCAGACUGGAAAUGACAUUAGUAGAGUCACGCGAUAAAUGCGUAAGGGAGGCAGCACCUGUGUUGAAAACUGGAAGAAAGUGGGCGGCAAAGAAAGCUGUGGAAGAUGCAAAGGCUGCCCUUCGAAUUGGUGAUAUCAUGGGGCAAGUUCAGCAUGGAAGAGGGGGUCUUGGUUUCAGUUCAACUCCUCCUACAUGGCACAAGGCGGCCCCAGCUCAAUAUAAGUUGUUCAAUGUUACCUUCUAG